AGUUAUUCGUUCUCCUCACUGUGUUAAUUCUAUAUUUUUCAUAUUCACGCUUACUGUAAACCACACUCGAUGAACCACACGUCGAAAUGAAGAGACGAAGUAUUGAUCCUUCGAAACUUAGAAGACCUUUAAAACGUUCUCGCAUCACAGAAUCGAUAUAUGGAAGUGUAUUUCUGUACGUCAGAUUUUUCUUAGUAUGGAUUAUGGUGUUGACUGCCGACUUCCUAUUGGAAUUUCGCUUUGAAUAUCUUUGGCCUUUUUGGCUACUGUUACGGAGUGCUUACGACUCGUUCAAGUACCAAGGUUUGGCUUUCUCUCUUCUGUUUCUCACACUGGCGUUCUGUUCAGACUUAAUAUGUUUGAUGUUUCUCCCUGUGCAUUGGUUAUUCUUUGCGGCUAGCACAUACGUCUGGGUUCAGUUCGUCUGGCAUACAGAUCGUGGUUUAUGUGUUCCAACCGUUAGUCUAUGGUUACUGUUUGUAUAUGUAGAAGCGUCGGUUCGACUUCGCGAACUGAAAAAUCUCCCAUUUCAUUUAGACUUAUGUCGACCGUUCGCCGCUCAUUGCAUUGGUUAUCCUGUUGUUACACUUGGCUAUGGUGUUAAGAGUUAUGUAGGCUAUAAAAUGCGUCAGAGAAGAGUACAGCAUGUUGCUAAAGAAAAUGAGUUUUAUAUGCAGCUAAUUAAUCUGGCACUGCCUCCUGAAACAAAUAACCAUGCAGAGGCAACAGAGAGAUCAUCAAGAGCUAUAUGUAAUGGUAAAGUUGCUAAUGGCGAAGUCGCAUCACCAAGAGGUCGGCCUGUACCAGUAAUGACAAAUGGAAUUAACACUAAAACAGAUCUUGAACUCUUAAUAGCUAAAGAGGCCAGUCGUCGUGGCUUAAAACUAAGUGAUCUAGAGUCAAGGCCUACUUUGAAGGGAAAUGCAUUGUUGAAAGAACUUGACGUGCUUUCAAACUUUACAUCGAAGAAGACCAGCGAGGAUCAUAACUUAAAUGAACUUGAUAAACUUUCGUUAGAGGGGAGUCAUAAGAGCGGGAAAGCAGGGCAGCAACCUCGCGCAGCACUCAAUGGAGUUAUAGGAAAAUCCUCAAAGAAAAAUGGCGCAAAAGGAAAUGAAAAGUUGAAGGAGUACGACGAGAAUGACGAAGAGGACAAUGAUGAGUCUGAUAGCGAUUCUUUAAGUGCGUCGAGUAGCUCCAUCAAUAACAGUCGAAAGAACAGCAGGAGUAACUCACCCAAGGGACAUGAGAAAUCUCAGUCAGUUGACCUUGGACCCAGUCUCUUUUCUCAACUUAAAGAGGAGAGGCUGCUACGUCGUCGUGCUGAGAGCAAUUUAUCCCAACUAGAGAAUGAUAGUAAACGACUCAGAGUGGAACUGCAGACGAGUCGGCAGGGAGAGCAGGAACUGAGGUCCACUAUGCACAGCCUGAUGGCCAGUGAGCGCUCCACUAAGGUAGAAUUACAGCAGUUAAAGGCUGAGUGCGAGGUUAUUCAACAGAAAUUGCAAAAUAUGUCGUCUGCGCGUCAGCAAGAUCGUAAUACAGUCUCCUCUCUGGAACGAAAGCUAAAAACUGAGCGAGAUUCCCGGCUUUUGGCGGAGAGUCAGUUGCGCGAGGAGCGCAAAAGACAAAAAGCUGAGGACGCCGCAGCAAAGCAGCGCGAUGAAACGACAGGCCAUGAUGCGUGUAAUGCGCUCAGGAUCGAGCUGGAAGAAGACAGCCGCCAGUUGCGUGUUCUUCUGCAGGAGAAGGAAGAAGAAAUAAAACGCGUCGACAAGGAGGCUGAAACGCUGCGACAGAAGACCAGAGAAUAUGACAGCAUGCAGCUGAAGAAGGAAACGGAGGUGUUAAUGUCUGCGCUGACAGCUAUGCAAGGCAAGAACACUCACCUAGAAAACAGCUUGAGCUCGGAGACUCGCUUGAAGCUGGACUUGUUCUCGGCGUUAGGCGACACGCGCAGGCAGCUGGAGAUUGCACAAACCAACCUUAAGACCAAGGAUCGAGAGAUCGAAUCCUUGAAGCUGAAGAUCGCUGAAGUGAUGGCUGUCAUGCCCACCGCUACAACCUACACUGCCGGCGAUUCGCCCGGAGUUCCUCGCUUCGCCUCCAAUCAUCUCAUCUCUCCAAAUCACAUUGAGUUGUCCAACAGUGGCCUCGAUCCGAGCGCUCCCUGCUACAUUCCUGUUUGUAAGAGUCCCAAAGGCUUGCUGUAAGACGCCUGAAGGAUUUCCCGUAUUUGUCGCUACCCUGAUGUUGCUCUUAAUUUAUAAUCUUAACUAAGUUAUUGGGUUUGUCAGUUGGGUAGCAAGGUGGAUCAAGUUUGCGUGCUUUACAGUUUUUGUCUGGGAAUGCUUGCCUUUAGCUUAUAUUUCGUUAAAUGUAAUACUAAUGUUGUAUUAGUUUGGAGAAAGAAAGUGUGGUUGCAGUUUAUCUGUUUCUGAUGUCAUAGCGCGUUACUUUCAAAUUCAAGGCGUUUUCGUCGCUUACUUAUUGCGUCUGUCAUGGUUGAAGUGGAACGAUUCUUAGCUUCUCAUCAGGCUACGGUUCACACGGUACCGGACGAAUUUUCCAUCAGUGGAAAAUUCGUGCGUUUGGGCGUUUCGUUCACAUGGAACCACGCCAAACGUGAGGAAAUUUGAACGCCCAAGCGUUGGAAAACUUGAAAACCAAAAUAGAGGACAAAUUUUUUUCUCGUAAAUGUGUAGGCCAUGCCUAACUUACCACGCACGUAGGCGACGUUGUGUUGAUGUCUUGAUAAUGUCAGAAAAUCAAGUUAAAAAACGUCGUACAUCUUUCUGUAAAUCGAAAACGUCGAAGCAGCGAAAACGCUGGACGCCAUUUUGCAUUGGGUUAAGAAGCGUCCUGCGCAUGAGGAGACGGUAAAACGCUUAAAAAUGUCAUAAAAUUCAUCUUGUUACCAGUUCCAUCUGAUCAGAACGAAACUUUCGCGCGGUUCCGUGUGAACAGAAUGUCCGGUCGAAAUCUUUGGCCUGUCGAAAAUUCGUUUGGCACCGUUUGAACGUAGCCUUAGUUCGUUCAUUGUUGAUACUUGUGGACUCCUCUCUUUCCUAACCGCAAGCGAGAUUCAUAGCACUUUUCACAUCUAAGUAAUCCUUCUGACUGUAGUUCCUUAGCUGACUGACUAAGCGAGUUACCGCGUAGCUCUUGAUGUUAAAGCUGCUUAGCUGUAGACACGUACAACUGUUGAUAUUUCUUGAGAAAGUAGAGAAAAUUACAUUAUGGUAACGUUGAACAUUAGCUUGAUAACAAAAAAAAAAAAAAAAAAAAAAAAGAAAACGGAACAAUCGGAUCACGUUCAGAUAAUGCGAUUUUUCACCGAAAAGUUCAGGAAAUCAGCCAGUUUUGAUUGUAAAGCAUCAGAUCCUCCAGUCGCUGCACGCAUAGUCUAGAGAGACAAUUAUUCAAUCUCUGGGCUAUCACGCGGAAUCCAAGAUCUUGUAUAUUUUAGUUAGAUAGGGCCUGUUUGUGCGAGUUUAGAAAGGUAGACUUAAUAGCGAACAACGCGGGGAGCAGACUAGCAUGGAUUGUAAACGACCAUCGUAAACACGUUAACCUAACUUUUCCUACCUUAAAAACUGCCGCGUUACACCUUCAAUUUCACUCUGACUCGCACCUUCAGGCUCUGAGUGUUGAAGGUUUCACACGAAGUAUGUUUUGUUAACUAUUCCACCCCUCAGCAAUUCGGCUUUGUUACGUUUUUCAUUUUCGAUCAUUUCAUGAGCUGAGCUCUUUUGUUCACGAGUGCGAGCGAGGAAAGGCGGGGUCUACUGUAUUUGGAACUGAGACGUCAACCAUGUACAGCCACGCACAGAAUAAAAAAGACAAAAAAGUAAAAAAAUACAUAUAAAUUAAGAUGAAAUUGCAGUCAAAUAUUCAUUGCCUUAGUUUAAUAAAUUAUGAUGCAGUUGAAGACGUGA